AUGAUCGCAACUGGUGUUUGCGGCGUGGCGCUGGUUCUGGUGCUGGUGGUGCUGAUUCCGGUCAUGGUGAACUCCGCCGGAACCCCUGCGCGAUACGAGAUGCUCGGAUCGUGUCAGAUGGUGUGCGACUCCCACGGGACCGCAACGGCGGCCACUGCGAAGGCGGCCAACCCGAACAAAGACAACCGCCUGGUGCAAUCGCUGCCGACGUUCAUCCAGGGUCCCCAAGGAGAGCCCGGGCGCGUUGGAAGGAUGGGCCCCAGGGGUCCGGUCGGUGAGCCAGGGCCACCGGGACCGGUGGGUCCUCCAGGGGAAAGAGGACCACCUGGACCACCGGGUCCACCUGGGUUACCUGGAGCAAAUGGACCAACAGGCGCCAUCAGCGCAGCCACUUACAACACGGUACCAAAGAUUGCGUUUUACGCAGGGCUGAAGAAGCAACACGAGGGCUAUGAAGUUUUAAAAUUCGACGACGUUGUCACAAACCUCGGCAAUCACUAUGAUCCAUCGACAGGAAAAUUCACCUGUUCCAUACCGGGGAUUUACUUUUUCGUUUACCAUGUGCUGAUGCGAGGCGGGGAUGGAACAAGCAUGUGGGCCGACCUCUGCAAAAACAACCAGGUGAGGGCCAGCGCCAUCGCGCAGGACGCGGACCAAAACUACGACUAUGCCAGCAACAGCGUUGUCCUCCACCUGGAGGCUGGAGAUGAGAUUUACAUCAAGUUGGACGGAGGAAAGGCGCAUGGCGGGAACAACAACAAGUACAGCACCUUCUCCGGCUUCAUGCUGUACGCUGACUGAAGCACAGACUGCAGGGAUGGAUCCCUAUCUCUUCAUGUAAAGCUUGCUGUCACAGCUCCUGCUCAGUCCACUCGGGAUAUUAGAGACAGAUAAAGCUCACCGUUUUGUUGAACAUCAUUCCAAGAGAUUUGCAGAAAGUCCUGCAAAAGCAAAACUCUACUUUGCAGCAAUGAGGGACCCCAGAGUGUAAAACACCAGUUUUCAUUUUGUACAGCAAAGUCAAAUCUAUUUGUGUGGCUCGUGCGCUCUGACUGAACUAUUGUAGGCUUUACAAAUUAACUAACUUUAGCUGCUGUGUUAAAAUCUACAUUUUGCACUUAAUCACAGAUCCUUAUAUCCACAUAACCACUAAUCAGUCCAGUGUUGGUCUAUUUCUGUGCUUUAUUUAUAGACAAAAUGUCCAAGUUGUAUGAUUUGGGGUAAACGUAAAAAAAUAAAGAAGAAUCGUGAUGCAUGUUUAUAAGACGUUGACAUUUUAACACUGUGCAGCAUCUAAUGAUGUGACGUUUAUGAAGCACAAGUAUAUUGGCAAACUGGUCAGUGCACGUCAUUCUUUCAUGUGUGUGUGUCAACGUGGCAUCUGGUUUAAGCAGCAGGGUAGCCUGGUUAGUCACCAACACUGACAUAUCUUUUCUAAAACUCUGAAACAUUUAUCAAUCUGCUUGCUGAACUUUCAGCUUUCCUUGAUCUGAAAACAUCAGUUAAAAUGUAAAAUGAAAUGAUCUAGCUCUCUUUGUAAAGCCCUGACAUGAUUAAUCCAACUUAUGUACUUUUCAUGGUGUGCACUCAGCUGUGGCCAUCUCACCAUUGAUCAUGUGUUGAAGUCACCCUGUGUGACCAGCUGUUCCCAGAUGAGGGGAGGACGUGUCCUUCGUUUUGGCCGGCCCGCCAGCAUUGUCCCACAGGCACACAGAGACACCCAAUGAGGGUGGCACCGUGACAUCUCAUCUAACACAAGCCCAUGGUGACGAGAUCUGAGCAGCAUACUGAUUAUGAGCGGGCUCAUUUUUUCACCUGUCAGGGAACACCUUCACAGACAUGUUUCAACUGGAGGAGGAGUGAUGAUGUUUAAAUAAAAAAAAAGAUAAUUACCGUUGCACCAUAUGUGUGAGCACCUCUGCAGAGAAUACAUUAAAAGGGAAGAAUAUUUGGACCAAUCAAA